GCGAAGAUCCGGGGGCUGGCUGCCAGAGAAGCACUGCUGAGUGUAAACACUCCAAAGUGUCUCAGAAUGCCCUUAUCGUAGCCAGCCCAAAAGCAGUUGUGCUCUGGAGCUCUGCAGCCAGGAGCAGUCCUGCAAGCGAGGAGUGUUUAUUGUUGAUUAUUAGAACUAACGAAACUACAGCCAAGCUGACCAGAAAGACUGGAAUUUCAUCUCUCUCACUCUCUCUUUCCCUCUGUCGCCCACUCAUUGGGUUUCUUUCUCUGCCAGCCUUUAAAACCAGAGAUUACUGGGUCAGUGACACUCAUUAUUCCUUUCAUACAGUAUGCUCUUAUGCUCAGCCUCCUGGAGUAAUGCUGCUACGUGAUUUACAGACAUUAAAAGUGGUCUGAGAGAAUAUUCAUCAUUUUGUCAGGAUUGACCAAUGAAUUUUUUAAAAACUUGAGGAUAUUUUGAAAGUCAUCUGUUCAAAUUGCAGUCAAAAGGUGCAUCAUAAUAGAAAACAUGUGGUACAUUUUCACCUGUGACUAAUGUUUUGGUUCUCCAUUAUAUGGUGAGUGUUUUCUAGAGGAGGAAGGGAAGACUCCUUUCGCCAAGAACUUUUUCACUAGGAGAAAAGAACUGGCAUAGCCUCAUAAUAUGAAGCCCUUCGAGAAAAUCUGGUUGUUGACAUUGCUGUUUGUUCUCCUAAGAGUUGUCUGCUCCUCCUUUAUAAGUGUCAACCUUGGCAUUAAAGUGAUGAAGGGACAAUCUGUGUUCCUGUCAGAAGAUGACCUCAAGUUUUCCAUCCCCAGAGAGAAGGAUGUGUGCAAAGUCGAAGUUGUGAGAAAAGAGCCGAUAACACAGAGAGUUGGGAAGCUAACUCCACAGGUUUUUGACUGUCACUUCCAUCUUAAUGAAGUCAAGUAUACCCACAACGGUUGUCCGAUUUUAGACACAGACACAGUCAUGCUUAGGCUGUACAGGUUUACAGAAAAUGAAACCUUUGUAGAAACAUUCACCCUCCAUGUGCAGUUGCUUGAGCCAGACUGUAACAUCAUCAAAAUGCGCUCCCGAGCCCUGGUGGUGCCUGAGUACUAUGGUCUGUCAAGGGCAAUUGACAAGAACAUCCUCGCUUUUGACUACAACAGGAAGAUAAAUCUGGAAUGCACCAUUUCCAUAGCCUCUUCAGAAACCCACCUCCCUGCUCAUGGCCAGCUCAUCACGGGGGAUGUGCGGCAGGAACAGCUUCGAGGGGAUCAAUCACAGAGCUUCCUCUUUGGCCCUAAGCACAGCCCAGGCCAGCAGUGCAGAAAUGGGAGCUGUGUGUUGGGACUGCGAGUCAUACAAAACACAAAAAUGAGCUGUGAAGAGUUUCUGAGGAAGGGCAUUCGGUAUCAGCACCUUGACCCUCACUCGCCAGAUAUUGAUUAUAUUCCAGUGAGGCUGGAUCUCACAGACAGCAGAAGCAAAACUCUGCACAAGACUGAGUAUGCGUGGCUCCCUAUUCAGAUUAAAAGUGCUCUGCCCAAUCAAAUGCCCAGAGCUGUUCCAACGACAAAGUUCUUCUUGGAAGUAGACCAAUUUAUUUUAACUCCCAUUACAACCACAACGGUUGAUGCUGAAGACAAAGAAACUCCAAAGUCCCUGUUGGUGUUCAACAUUACAAAGCCACCUCUGCAGGGCUUCAUUACUCAUCUGUCAGACCACACAAAGCCUGUUGGUUCCUUCACAUGGAAAGACCUCAGUGAAAUGCUCAUUGCUUAUCAACCUCCAAACAACAGCCACACAGAGAGGAGGAAUUAUGAGCUGGAGGUUGAGGUUCAUGAUUUCUACUUUGAGAAAAGUUUACCAAUCAUAGUGCAACUUUCUAUCAGAACGGCAGAUACAAACGCUCCUCGAGUUUCGUGGAAUACAGGCCUCAGCCUUCUGGAAGGGCAAUCCAGGCCAAUUACAUGGCAGCACCUACAGGUGGUAGACAAUGAUGAUAUCCAAAAUGUUCGCUUGGUCACCGUUGAUGGCUUACAGCACGGGAGGCUCACAGUGAGAGGAGGAAAAGGAUUCAUGUUUACAGUUUCUGACAUUCAGUCUGGAGUUGUUUACUACCAUCACGAUGACAGUGAUUCCACAAAAGAUUUUGUGGUGUUCAGAAUUUUUGAUGCCCUGCAUAGUAUUCGCCAUAAGUUUCCCAUCAGUAUCCUCCCUAAAGAUGACAGCCCUCCAUUUCUUAUCAGCAAUGUGGUAAUUGAAGCACAUGAGGGACAGACAAUCCUGAUCCAGGGCUCCAUGCUUCAAGCUUCUGACAUGGAUUCCAGUGAUGACUACAUAGUAUUCAAUAUUACCAAGACACCACAGGCUGGAGAAAUCAUGAAGAAACCAGGGCCAAACUUAAUAGGGUAUCCUGUCAGCAGUUUUCUUCAAAGGGAUCUGUUUAAUGGAAUAAUUUAUUAUCAUCAUUUGGGAGGAGAAGUAUUUGAAGAUUCCAUUGAGUUCGUGCUGUGUGAUAGCCGUGACCCUCCCAAUCUCUCAGAGCCACAGGUGAUGAUGGUGCACAUUAUUCCUGUGGAAGAUCAGCUACCCAGAGAAGCCCCAGGAGUGACCCGUCACCUGGUUGUUAAGGAGACUGAGAUUGCUCACCUGACUAAGAAACAUCUCCACUUCAUAGAUGUAGAAGGGCAAGACAGGGAACUCACAUACACCAUAACCACUUCCCCGUUUUUCUCUUGCGUGCAUGGUCACUCAGAUGCUGGGAAGCUGUUUAUGGUGGAUACCAUCCCCAAACUUGUCAAGGAUCCUGCUGCUCUUGCUCUGAGUUCAUUUACUCAGCAUGCUGUAAACUUUAUGAAAGUUGCUUACAUGCCCCCACUGCAGGACAUUGGGCCCAAUCCUCAACAAGUCCAGUUUGUAUUUUCUGUCAGCAAUCAGCAUGGCGGCACAUUGUAUGGGAUCUGCUUCAAUAUCACAGUUCUUCCUGUGGACAACCAAGCCCCAGAGGUUUUUAUGAGCCACUUGAGGGUGGAAGAGGGCGGCCUGAGCCCUGUCACAGAGGAAAACAUUCUCAUCUCUGAUGUGGACACAAAACAGGAGCAUCUCCUCCUCCUUCUUCAGCGACAGCCUCAGCAUGGGACAGUGGAGCUGGAUGGAGUUCCCAUGAAGGAAGGCGACAAGCUUUCCUGUGGGGACCUGCAUACCCUGUCAGUCAGGUAUCAACAUGAUGGUUCUGAAACUCUUACAGACGAAGUCCUUUUUGCAGCCACAGAUGGCAUUCACUCCUUAGAGUUCACCCUGCAGGUCAAGGUGUUGCCCAUGAACGAUGAGCCACCUGUUAUGCAAACAGGGCUCAUCAAUGUGCUACGCUGCCUGGAGGGUGAAGAAGUGGUCCUCUCCUCAGAGUACAUAUAUGCCACAGAUGCAGACAGUGACGACAUGAAGCUGGUGUUUGUGCUGGUUCGCCAGCCCUCCCUGGGGGUACUGAGGAAAGCUGGAAUUGCUGUGGAGCGUUUCUCCCAGGCUGAUGUCAUCUCUGGUUUAGUCACGUAUAAGCACACUGGUGGGGAGAUUGGCCUGAAUCUUUCCUUUGAGAUCUUAACUUUUGUUGUUUCUGAUGAUGAAGCUGGUCCAGAUGUGAAAGACUGCUGUUAUGAUAGACCUCUUCCUCCUCCAGUUCCUCUUCACCAUCCACUCCCAGUGUACAACCUUAAUAUCACUAUACUUCCAGUGGACAACCAAGCUCCAUCCAUUGCGACUGGUGCAAGAUUUGUUGUGGAGGAGGGCUCCUCGGCAGCCCUUACCUCUAACCAUUUGCUUGCCAGUGACCCUGACACCACUGCAGAUGACUUAGAGUUUGUUUUGGUUUCUCCUCCUCAGUUUGGUUACAUUGAAAAUGUACUGCCUUCUCCUGGGUUUGAGAAGAGUAACAUUGGUAUAAGUAUAGCUUCGUUUCAGUUGAAGCAUCUGAAAGCCCUGAAUAUAAACUACGUACAAGCCAGGCACAUGCGAAUGGAGCCAACAGCAGACCACUUCGUGCUUUAUGUCACCGAUGGGCUGCAUCGUUCAGCAGAGAUUCCAUUCUUUGUGCUGAUCAACCCAACCAAUGAUGAAGUCCCAGAAUUCAUAGCAAGAAAUAUUACUGUUCAAGAAGGUAUGAUGAAAGAGCUGGAUCUCUCUGUUAUCAAUGCUGUUGAUCUGGAUGUACCUAAAGACCACUUGGUAUUUGGUGUUGUGCAGAAGCCCUUACAUGGAUUCCUCAUUAAUGGAGUUCAUGGCAAUGAUAUUCUACACUACAAAGAGUUAAUUCACCAACACAGCCGUGGGUUACUUGUUCUUGACUUUUCUAUGGAGCUACUGAAGAAUGGUAUGAAACUGAUGUACAUGCAUGAUGAUUCAGAAAACCUCAAUGACAGCUUUAGAAUCCAGCUAUCAGAUGGGAAACAUAAAGUCCUCAGAACCAUUUCAGUAAAGGUCAUCCCAGUUAAUGAUGAGAAACCAGUGCUGCGCAAGAAGGAUAAUAUAGAGGUGCAUAUGGGUGAAACUCGAAUAAUUUCUAGUGCUGUUCUGUCAGCUGAAGAUAAAGACACCCCUAGGGAGAGAAUUUACUACUUAUUUGAAAGACUUCCAGAAAAUGGCCAGCUUCAACUCAAGGUAGGCAGAGACUGGGUGACUCUCCAAACCGGAAUGAAGUGCACUCAGGAAGAACUGGAUAUGAACCUUGUGAGAUAUGUCCACACAGGACCUAUAGGUUCCAAGAACCAAGACCUGUUCACAUUUUAUCUGUGGGAUGGGUACAACAGAUCCCCAGCUGUAGACUUCUACAUAAAUAUCAAGAACAUGGAAAAGGGAGACAUUGCUGUUUUCAUAAAACCUCUCAAGGUACCAAAAGGGGAUCGAGGCUACAUUACAACUGAUGUCCUCCUUUCACUGGAUGGUACUGACAAGCCUGAGGAGCUUCUCUAUGUGAUAACUUCCCCACCUCAGUAUGGACAAAUAGAAUAUGUUAGCUAUCCUGACAUACCCAUUACGAGCUUCAGUCAAAUGGAUGUAGCAAGUCAAACAGUCUGCUAUGUUCACAACACCAAGGCAGCUAUUCCUGAAGAUACAUUCAGAUUCAUCAUCAGCAAUGGCCUGAGGACUAAACAUGGAACAUUCAUGAUCUCCUUGGAGGCAGUCGACCAAACUUUGCCUACACUAUCUAGGAACAUGGGGUUAAGAUUAGUGGAAGGCAGUAUGGUACUCCUUUCUCCUGAUGUCCUGCAGCUUACAGACUCUGACACUGCCAAAGAAAACCUUACCUUCCUCUUGGCUCAGCUCCCCAAGUAUGGUCAUCUCUAUUACCGAGGGGCUAUACUACUGCAAUACAAUUUCACCCAACAAGAUGUGGAUAAUAUGGAUGUUGCAUACAAGCACCGAGGUGGGGAUUCCCAGAUUGACAGAUUUACAUUUGUUGCAACAGACAGGACUAAUCAAGGCUUCAUUGUGAAUGGGAGGGUGCAGAUCGAGCCAGUGGCAUUCACCAUUCAGGUGGAUCAUUUGGACAAAAUGGCACCAAAAAUCAUUCAUCUCCGUUGCUUAUCUGAUGUGAAAAUGCUGAAGAACGGCAAUUAUGGGAUCUAUAUUACUUCCAGGUCCCUGAAGGCAACUGACCCCAAUACCGAGGAUGACAAAAUAUUUUUCAAGAUCUUACGCGGUCCUCAUUAUGGUUACCUGGAAAAUAUAACAACAGGUGGACUUAUUCAUGAAGGAUUUAGCCAAAAGGAUUUAAAUAGCAGAAUUAUACUUUAUGUCAUCAAUCCAUUGUGCGAAGUGAAUUCAGACAGCUUGGAGUUUCAGGUUGCAGAUACCAAUGGAAAUUCAGCGGCUCCCCAAAUGCUGGAGCUACGGUGGUCUCGCAUUGAAAUGCAGCAGACGGAGUAUGAGGUGUGUGAGAACGUGGGGACGGUGUCCCUGAAAAUCAUCAGGGCAGGACACUCUGCUGACUCUGCCUUCAUCGCAGUGAAGGUCAAUGAAAUAUCUGCUGUGCUGGGAAAGGACUUUACAGUGACUCCCUCCAAACUUAUUCAGUUUGAUCCAGGAAUGUCAAGCAAGAUGUGGAAUAUAGCAAUUACUUAUGACAGAUUAGAGGAAGAUGAUGAAGUCUUUGAAGUAGUUCUGAACUCCUCUGUGAAUGCUGUUCUUGGCACCAAGACAAAAGCUGUAGUGAAAAUUUUGGACUCAGAAGGAGGUCAGUGCAGCUCUUUACAUUCUUCCAGCCAAAGCAAGCAUGACUUCUGGAGGAGAGGCACGCUGUUUGCAGUUUCCUCAGGCUCUUCAUCACCUUCCAGGCCUGGCAGUGUUCACUUGGAGGGGAUCCCACCACCUCCUUCCAAAGGGAUGAGAGAGCACAGGGAUGACAUGCUGCAGGAGCGCAGCUUGGCAAAUCAGGCAAGGGCCAGGCUGAGAGUGACUGGAAAUGGCAGAAUAGUUCAUCCUUCAUCUGUAUUUAGAAAUGGAACAGAUGUGGUUUACAAAUACCAUGGGAUGGUAUCACUCAAAAUAGAGGAUGACACCUCAUCAGCUAAAGCAAACAAGAAGGCUGAAGUGUCAGUAAUUAACCAAGCACAAUCGCAGAUAAAUGUAAUUUCCACUAGGAAGACAGAAAUCCCACAGGCUGAUGAGUCAGAACUGGCAUCUGAACCAAGCUCAAGACGUCAGGACUUUCACUCUUUUUCAAGGGCCUGUACACCAGAUUUGAAGGGGCUCGUGCAUUAUGAAGAAAACACUCAAAAGUUAUUUCAGUGUGAUGGGAUAAAAUGGAAAUUCUGGAGUUCCCAAAGCAAGGAGGUGAGUGUGAAAAAAUGUCCCUCUGGAUGGAGUCAUCAUGAUGGCAGCUGCUAUUUCCUGGUAGUGAAUCACAAGGUCACCUGGGAUACUGCUGCUCAGGCCUGCAGAGAACAAUACCUGGGGAGUCUCACAAGUGUGGCUAAUGAACAACACAUGCAGUGGUUGUGGGACUUCGGCGGAAGGAAGCCCUUUUGGAUAGGCUUGAAUGACCAAGUCAAUCCUGGACAGUGGGAGUGGAAUGGAGGAGAACCUGUUACCUACAUAAACUGGAGAAGAGGCUCCUAUCACUUUCCAAAGAGAGGCAACAACUGUGUAGUGGUGCAGAAGAGAGGAAAAUGGCAAGCAACUGACUGCAAGAAGGCCAAAUGGAACAGCUACAUAUGUUCAAGAAAGCUGUAAAAAAUGGGGAUCGCUGUGAAAGCAUGUGGACAUUCCUUUUGUUUCUGUCUAUUUAUCUGCAGACAAGUGGGGGGAUGCAGAUAGAAAACUAUCUUAAUUAUCACCAAAGAUUAUUUUAUAUGCUGCCAGAGAUCCAGAUGCUUUGGACUCUUACCAAGAAUUAGAGGUCAGUUGUAAACAGCAAGUCCUGGUCAAGGCUUUGAUCUCUCUCCAAAUACAUCUAUCUGUCACUUGAUUCAUUUGUAUUUUCACACUAAAGAACUAGGCCUGACAGCCUACAUCAAAUUUCUGUGUAAAAAAACUUUUUUCUUUUUUUUAAAAAAAAGAAAGUAGCACAUCAGUCAGUUUGUUUCACUCUUAAAGAUUGAUUGUGGAUUGGCUGAUAGUUUAAUUAAUUUGUAAUAAAAACUGCAGUUUUAUCCUGCAGUCACAGAGAAAGAAAGACAACUUGGGAUCGAAAUGAGGGCAGACUCUGCUGGCUAAAAGCAAGUUCUCUUGGGUGAGGAUGGCACAGACACUUUUGGAAUACCUGUGCUUUUUCUGUGGAUAACCUACUACAAUGUCUUACAGAAAGAGUAACAGUGAAAGUGUUUACUGACAGCAUACCAACAUGAGCAAAGUCUUUUGUUACUUUUUCUGCCAUCCAAGAACAGUUUCAGAUCCAAAUCUAUCUGCUCACACAGAGCUGCAUGUUGUUUGACAUUUCUGACUAAAAUUGUUCAAUGUUUUUUGGAGUUCCAGGAUGGUGCUAUCAUUUUUGCAGUGUAAUUAAAUAAUGUAAGCUCUCUAGAUCUAAUGCUAUCUCAAAGAAUGAUUUACACAUGCACACAAAAUUAAUACAGAAGCUUAAUCCCAGAAUAAUAUCAUAGGAUAUUCAGUGACACAUGAACAUCAAUAGGAUUUGUAUGUGUGUAUAAGCCAAUGUAACUGUAAGACACACAUUAUAUUAAAGCAGCUAUGGAUUUUGAAAGUAUUAAUCUAAGUCCUUAUUAGGGAUUUAAGGUUUUUAAAAAUAAUAAUAAAAAAUCCAGAUUUAGUUUUGAGAGAGGCUUAAAAUCAGCAUUUAACAGGAAAAAAAAAAGCCAACCAGCUGCCCAUAACAUUCAAUUUUGGUAACACUUUGAAAUCCAGAAAUCUUGUUGUAGGACUUUCUUACUCCCAGCCUUAAAGUUAAAACAGAAACAAAUCGUAAGCUUCCUAAAAACAAUAAAACUUCUCUCAAACAUUCCCUCUGCCCACCAGGAGCGUGUGACAGGUGGCAUGGCACAGCGUAUGGCGAAUUUACCCUGUUCCAAACAAACUCUCAGCCCUCCCAUCUGCCUGCCUGCUGCCAGCAGUUGAUUCUGUCCAUGCCCUCUGUAAGUUCAUCAGUUUGUCCAGCCUCUGAAUCAAUUGCAUUGGUGCACCAUUUUCAUCUCUGCUCUUUCUAAGGUUCUUCAAAGUCUGGUGAAGGAACAGAUGCAGCAGAAUCACCUCUCUACGCUGAAGAACACCAUUCUAGGUUUUAUUUAUCCCUACUUCUUGUCUGUGAUGUGUUGGAAUAGGCACGUGAGUAGCUAGCUGGACAACCCUUCUAUGUAGUGAGGACCUUUGUGAAGUAGCUAUGGUAAAUAAGCACAAGUGCAUCACAAGUUUAGACAUAAAACACUGUGGACAGAACCUUAUCACUGUUAAUUCUAUUAUCAACAGAUACAACCUAACAUGUUUCCAGGACUUCUUUUUUGUAACCUGUUGCCAAGCUUCUAGACACUUUUAUAGACACUAACACUUUUGCUUAAGGAAUUAUCUAAACCAAUACAUUUAUGCUAAUUGUUUCAAGGAUUCCCCAAACCAUGUAGCUUCUGAGUACCUGUCCAGGCCUGUUUUUACUUCUCAUAGUUUUCAAUGAAAAAAGCCAGUAAGAGUCCAGUGAGGCACACGUGGGACCUCUGACUGUGUUCUGGAAUCACAGCGAAAAACUACUAAGAGAACAUGUUAAGAUAACCAGAAACUUUUAUUUCUUCGGGGAUUUCCUGUUGCAUUUAUUGGUGCUAUCUAUAUGAAACUUACAAGGAUUGUUUAAAUGCCUCUCCUAAUUAUUUAAUGAAUGACCAUAACAAAGUGGGAAUUUUGGCCAUAGAGUUUUUGUUACUUGACCAAAAAGUAAUAAAUGGCUAAUGCCUAGACUGAGAUAACAAAGAUCUCAGGUUUUUUUUGUAUACGAAGAGGGGAGAAUUCUCCUAUAUUGUACCUUUCUUAAAGUACCUUAAAGUGAUGGAAGAAUAUGAAACCUUCACUACAAAACAGACUGUUACUUGUGCAAAAUGUAUGUGUUUACUGGUUUCAUUAAAUCUACAGCAAUGUAUUCAUUAAUAAAGCUAAAACUCUUGAAAGAUA